AUGUGCAAGUUGAUCAUGCACAGGUUCAUAGUUCUUUAUUCAGUAGUGUAUAUUCUAGGCCAGAAUGUAAGAGUUGCUGAAUGCAAUGAAAAUGGAAAAUCAUUACUCAAAAUCGUUGGUGGAGUUGAAGUACCAAUAGAGAAAUUUCCAUACCAGGUAUCUAUCAGGAUAUACGGACAGCACGUAUGUGGUGGAAGCUUGAUAGACCAUCAUCAUGUUCUGACAGCAGGACACUGUGUUAUGAAACAGGAGAACGAACUGCAUUCCAUCGGCGUUACCAUGGGGCACACUACCAUCAAGGGACAGCAUAUUCUCCACAGGGUAAAUAAAGUGGUAAUCCACCCUGGCUUCGACCCAGAUGCCAAGUACGUCACCAAUGAUAUUGCUAUCGUUAGGCUGAAGGCAAAAGUACCUGCAAAUACUAGAACAGUGAAAAUAAUUGGAUUAAGUUCUAAACGACCAGAAGAAGGAAGAAUGUGUACCGUAAGCGGGUGGGGCGCCAUCAAACAACCGGAUCCUACGUCAACGAGGACUGAGAUCUCUAACACUUUGAGGGCCAUCGCCAUACCCAUCUCCGACUACUAUCAGUGCUCUCGGGUCACAAACAGAUCCUUGGGAGUAUUCUGUGCCGGAUACAUUAAUGGAGGCAAGGACUCCUGCCAGGGUGACUCAGGAGGACCUUUGGUCUGCAACGAUACCCAAUACGGCGUGGUGUCUUGGGGUGACGGCUGCGCCCUGCCACUCCAUCCUGGUGUUUACACUGAUGUCUCCUACUUCGCUGAUUGGAUCCGCAACCACAGCUUUGCACUUCCAACGCAUCAAGCGUCCAGUGCUGUCAUAAUACCUGUCCUACUUGUUCACCUUUUCAGGAUUGUCUGA